UCGCGGUCGCCGUUGGUUCCUCCGCCGCUCCCUUUAUUUUUAAGCCCCGAGACAGAGAGAGAUCGGAGUCGUCACACCGGAAAAGAAAAGGUAAACCGCCGCUAAACCCUAGCCGCCGGCGAGAUCGGCCGACGCACCCAGUCCAGCCUCCUCUUCCUCAACCACCUCAGACAUAGCAUUAAGACGGUAUGGCUUCACCGUUUGGGGCCGCCUCCUCGUGUGGCCUCAAGGCUGCCGCUCCUUCCGGAUUCGCGACCAGGAAGCAGCUCUCCCUCGUUUCGCCCCCGUUGGUCUCGCUGCCCCAGAGGGCCAGGCCAGGGAGAAAGUGCAGUUUCCGAGUGAACGCUGCAAAGGAGCUGUAUUUCAACAAGGAUGGGUCGGCUAUCAAGAAGCUGCAAACUGGAGUCAAUAAGCUUGCCGAUCUGGUUGGAGUUACUCUUGGGCCUAAAGGGCGGAAUGUCGUCCUUGAGAGCAAGUAUGGGUCACCUAGAAUUGUCAACGAUGGCGUUACGGUGGCAAAAGAGGUUGAGCUGGAGGACCCUGUUGAAAAUAUUGGAGCUAAAUUGGUCAGGCAAGCUGCUGCUAAGACCAAUGAUUUGGCUGGUGAUGGGACAACCACUUCUGUCAUCCUUGCUCAAGGGAUGAUUGCCGAGGGUGUUAAGAUUGUAGCUGCCGGUGCUAAUCCAGUACAGAUUGCCCGUGGUAUUGAGAAAACAACCAAAGCACUUGUCAGUGAACUUCGAAAGAUGUCCAAGGAGGUUGAAGAUAGCGAACUUGCUGAUGUUGCUGCAGUAAGCGCUGGAAAUAACUACGAAAUUGGUAACAUGAUAGCUGAUGCUAUGAGCAAGGUUGGGCGUCAGGGGGUGGUUACACUUGAAGAAGGCAAGAGUGCUGAAAACAACCUCUAUGUGGUCGAAGGGAUGCAAUUCGACCGCGGCUAUAUUUCUCCUUACUUUGUAACUGACAGUGAAAAAAUGUCAGUUGAGUAUGAGAAUUGCAAGCUGCUUCUUGUGGACAAGAAAAUUAACAAUGCCCGAGAUCUCAUCACUCUUCUGGAGGACGCUAUUAAGGGUGGAUAUCCAAUUCUAAUAAUCGCAGAGGAUAUUGAGCAGGAAGCUCUUGCAACUCUUGUGGUCAAUAGGCUUAGAGGUGCACUGAAGAUUGCUGCUAUUAAAGCCCCUGGUUUUGGAGAGCGCAAGAGUCAAUACCUGGAUGAUAUCGCUACUCUGACAGGAGGCACUGUCAUCAGAGAAGAAAUUGGACUGUCCCUGGACAAAGCAGACAAAGAAGUCCUUGGAAAUGCCGCCAAGGUUGUAAUUACUAAGGAUUCGACGACAAUUGUUGGAGAUGGCACUACGCAGGAGGAAGUAACCAAAAGGGUUACACAAAUCAGGAACCAAAUUGAGGCUUCUGAACAGGAAUAUGAAAAAGAAAAGCUAAACGAGAGGAUAGCUAAACUAUCCGGUGGUGUUGCUGUUAUUCAGGUUGGAGCACAGACUGAAACUGAGCUAAAGGAAAAGAAAUUGAGGGUUGAAGACGCACUGAAUGCAACAAAGGCGGCUGUCGAGGAAGGUAUUGUUGUCGGUGGUGGCUGUACCCUUUUAAGGCUUGCCUCAAAAGUUGAUGCCAUUAAAGAAACCCUUGAGAAUGAUGAACAGAAGGUCGGCGCUGAAAUUGUUAGGAAAUCCUUGAGUUAUCCACUUAAACUGAUUGCCAAAAACGCUGGUGUUAAUGGCAGCGUGGUUACCGAAAAGGUCCUUGUGAAUGAUAACUUCAGGUACGGUUACAAUGCCGCUACAGGGAAGUAUGAGGAUUUGAUGGCUGCUGGUAUUAUUGAUCCCACCAAGGUCGUGAGGUGCUGCUUGGAGCAUGCCGCAUCGGUGGCCAAGACUUUCAUCACCUCAGACGCCGUCGUGGUCGACAUCAAGGAAUCUGAGCAGGCACCUGCUGCGAACCCAAUGGCUGGUUCAGGUUACGGGUUCUAAAAUCUGUGAGAAGAGCCAGUAGCGCUGUUCUGGUGUCCCUUGGGCAGCAUGCUGCGUCCGAGGUCAUACUUUGAGAAAAGAAGUGUACCCCUAUUGUGUCGCGGGUCGACGCCGGAAACUAAAUUUCUGGUGCUAUUGUCGCGAACCAAAAGUCGGAACGUGAGUCUUCUUCAAAUUUUUAUUACACUAGCAGUCUAGUCCUGAAAGAAAGUGAACACUAUUUAUUUUGCGAGGAAGUGAACAGUGUAUUUGUAGGCGUAGGUAAUUUAUUAGUGAUGUUCCCAGUCAA